AUGGCUGUGGACAUGAAGAAGAUCAUCCAGUGCAUCACCCAGGGAGACCAGGACAGCGUCCUCAUACAGCUGGACCACUACAACACUGAGUUUGCAGAGUGUUUCUUCUUUAAUGUGGAGGAAAGAGAGAGGAGAAAGCAACGAGAGCUGGAGGAGUUCCGCAGGAAUAAAGUGAGAGACUAUGUUCCUGGCUCGGACUCAGAUUUUGGCUCAGGAGAUGAAGACAGUGAGGAUCCAGACCUCGUCCUGCGCAGGCGGUUGGCUGAAGCUCUGCUCCGGUUUGUCAGGACUCGUCUCCAGCCCGGCGUUCUCAGCGUGUGUUUGCGUACGCUGCGUAUUCUCUCCCGUGAUCGCCAGGCACUCUCACCCUUCAUCACGGACUCCUCCAUUCUCACCCUCGCCUACCUGAGUGGCAUCAGAACCACGCCCCUUUCUCAGCAUGAUGAUGAGGGGGAGGAGAAAGAGAAUGUGGACCAUGUCGACUCAAAUCCCAUCAGCAACGUGGACUUCUAUGGCCAUUUCACUGACGCUAACUCAGCGGCUCCUCUUGUAAGCUCCACCCCCUCACUCACCACACACUGUGUAAAUGAGGACAUCAUGGAGAUGGAAAGAAGUGACGGCAUCCACGGAGUGUUGGCAAGAGGAAAGAGGGACACCAGAGAGGAGGAAGAGGAGGAGAGGAGUGAGUGGUGUGAUGAUGGAGAGGUGUGGAGGAAAGAAGCCAUGAAGACUCUCUGCAAUGUCAUCUACAACAGCCAGAGGGCGCAAGAGAGGGCCAGUGCACUGAGACUCCUCCCAGGUCUUUCAGAAAAGCUGAAGGAGGGCAUUCGCUCUGUGUCGCCCCCCAGUGGUCAGUUUUAUGAGCUGCGGUUGCUGUUCCUGCUGACGGCUUUAAGGCCUGAGCUCAGACGACAGCUGCAGCAGGAGCGCGGCGUGUCCAUGCUCACGGCCGCUCUGGAGCAGUGUUUGGCGGUUCAGUGGGCUGAUGUGUACGAGGUUGUGGCCUGGGACUCCGAGUCACCCCCUGUCUGUAAGGAGGUGUCUCAGCGCGCCAUUGAAAUCCUGAAAGUGCUGUUUAACAUCACGUACAGCUCACACACACAGCAGCCUGAUGAGGAGGAUGCAGCUCUGUACCGCCGCCUAGCUGCUGUACUGCGUCACUGCCUGCUGCUGCCCUGCCAAGGAGAAGAACUGACUGAGGAACUCCAGGGGCAGACGGUGAAUGUAUUGUCAGCACUUCCUCUUCAGUGUCUGGACGUCCUGCUCUCAACUCGUCUCUCUGAGAGAUCGAGGGAAUCAGGCGGCGUCAACAUGGACUGUGUCCACUCACUGCUCCUGUUCAUGGAGAGAAGACUGGACAGAGGUUAUAAGCUGAAGGAGAGAUUGACCCCGGUGCUGAACCUCCUGACAGAGAGCUGUCGGGCUCACAGAGAAACACGACACUAUCUCAGACAACAGAUUCUGCCGCCACUGAGGGAUGUGGCACUGAGGCCUGAGCAAGGGGACACGAUCCGUAACAAACUGGUGAGACUGAUGACACACGUGGACACGGAGCUGAAACACUGCGCUGCUGAGCUGCUGUUCGUGCUCUGCAAAGAAAAUGUGGGCCGGUUUGUGAAGUACACUGGUUAUGGCAAUGCAGCAGGUCUGUUAGCAGCCCGAGGUCUCCUGAGUGGCCGCAGCUCCACACCUCAGUCUCAGUACUCCAGCGACUCAGACUCGGACACGGAGGAGUACCGGCAGGCCAGAGACCGGAUCAACCUGGUGACAGGACGUGUAGAGGAGCCACAGCCCGACCCCAUGGAAGGGAUGAGUGAGGAGGAGAAGGAGGCCGAAGCUGUGCGUCUCGUUGCCAUGUUCAACAGACUCUCCAGGGAUAAGAUCAUUCAGCCAAUGUCUGUGAUGCCGGACGGCCGACUGACUCCUCUCUGUGGCCGUAUGAGAAACAGCACCCUGGAAGAGGAGGAAGAGGAGGAAGAAGAAGCAGACUGUGAAGAAGUGGAUUAGGAUGUGAUCCUGAACCUCCAGAACCUCAGUUCCAGCUCUGAUCCAAUCGCUAAUGUAGUGGACUGAAUGUGGAUUCUGUAGGGGGUAGAUUCUACAGGUACAGGGCUGUUAAUUAGAAGUGUAGAUGAAAAUGAAGAGCAAAAUGAAGGGAAAAGAGAAACAGGGUCAGUCCCAGAUACUGUACAGAGAAGGGAAAGAGAUGAAGAAUGAGAUAUAUAAUGUAUAUAAAAGCACAGAACAAGUCAGAUCUAUAGACAGGAAAGUGUGUGUGUGUGUGUGUGUGUGUGUGUGGUCAUAUGAUGGUAGCAUCCCUGCAGGAAAAUCUGUAA